AUCUAGGGCUUAUAAUAUCCAUUUUGGGCAAUCAAAUGGUAGUUGAUUAUUAAUGAAAACUGAGGGGUUUUGCAAAGCUUUUUGCACUUUGAUAUUUACUAAGUGACCUGUGUAAACUAGCUUCCCUUUAUUUCACUUAAAUUCAGAGCCACUCUAGGUAACUACAGCGGAUUUAAACCCCAAACAGCAGCGCUGGACUCUCUGUGCUAACACACCCGGGGAGCCCACCAUGCAGUUCCUAGUCACGGUCAUCCUCACCCUGUGGGUCUCCUGGGCUCGUGGACAAGAAAUAACGUGAUCCUCCAAUAAUUCCAAACAGUGACUUUGCUUCUAAAAUGAACCAAUACGGACUUGAUGAUGUCAUCACAUACCAAUGCAGAAAUGGCUUCUAUCCUCCCCUUCUGAGAAAUACCACAAAAUGCACUCGUGUAGGCUGGGUACCUCGUCCCAGAUGUGUCCGGAAAUGUGUUUACAAUGCUUCGGAACUUGAACAGUUUCCAUUUAAAGUAAAAACAUAUUUACAAGGCGAUACUAUGAAAGUUGACUGCCGUCCGGGCUAUAGUCUCCCGAACUCACAGAGCGCAGUGACAUGUACGGAGAAUGGCUGGUCCUCGCCUCCCAGAUGCAUCAAACAUUGUGACAUGCCCAUAUUUGAGAAUACCAGAGCUGUAAUCACUGGAAGACCUUUUCGACCUAAUGACACGUUGGACUACCAAUGCCUGGAUGGCUAUGAAAACAGAGAUGGAAGCACCAAUGGCUCCAUGGUGUGUGGUGAGGACGGCUGGCUCCACUUGCCAACCUGCUUUAAAUCUGCAGACAAGUGUGGGCUUCCUCCAGUGGUUAGCAAUGGAGACAUCACCUCCUUCCCAUUGGAAGGGUACCCUCCAGGGUCAAGAGUGCGAUACCAAUGCCAGGCCUACUAUGAACUCCGGGGUCCUACAGAUGUCAUCUGUAGUUAUGGAAAGUGGUCCAAACCCCCGAGAUGCAUAGAUCCAUGUGUAAUAUCAGAAGAAAUCAUGAAUGAAAAGAACAUACAGUUAAAAGGGAAAGAUAACAAAACCUAUUAUGUAAAAACAGGGAAUAUCAUUCAAUUUAUGUGCAAAUCAGGACGCAAGGUGGUGACGUCAGAGGAGUCAUUUCAAGCUGUGUGUCGGGAAGGGACAGUGGAGUUCCCCAGAUGUGAAUGAGGAAGCCCUGUGGCCUCAA